AUGAAUGAGCUCAGUCAUUUUAUCAGAGUGUGAUUUGUCAUCUCUCUACUGUGCAUCUGCCCCCCAAAAAUUUCCCAUCUACUCCAAUAAUCUCUCCAUCUCCCAAAUCUCGUUGAGAAAAUAGUAGUAUUCCGCCAGUAUUAAUUUCAAUUCUAGUCCAACUAACUUCACCAGUACCACUACAAUGUCCACUUGCAUUCCUACUGUCGCCGAUAAAUCUGCCGCCGUCACUACCACCACUCCCAUCGCUUCAUCUUCACUCUCUAUUCUCCGUCGCCGCCAUCAUUUGCGCUGCUUCUCCAAUGUCGUCUUUCCUCUCUCUUCCAAGCCCAAGCUUCGCCUUUUCUCCAAGAAUGUUUUUACGCAUAAUGUAGCAGUUAAGGCCCAACUUAACAAUGCUGGCAUAGGUGGAUCUUCAAGUAGUGGUGCCCAAUCUGAUGCACUCCCAAAGGAAGUUAAAAAUGGCAAGCCAUCAAAUGACUCUGUCGAACCACCAUUGGCAUCGGAGGAUUCAAUCUCUGAAUUUAUAGCUCAAGUUGCAAGUCUUGUAAAGCUUGUGGACUCGAGAGAUAUUGUGGAGUUGCAGAUGAAGCAACAUGAUUGUGAGCUUUUGAUUCGUAAAAAAGAAGCUAUUCAACAAGCGUCACCUGUUUUGUACGCACCUGCUGCUGUACCAUCACCUCCACAAGCUAGUCAAUCUGUUUCAAUUGUGCCGACACCUACUGCCACAAGUUCACCAACUAAAGCUUCAACUCCUGCUACACCAGUUCCCAAACCAGCCAAGUCAUCAGUUCCUCCCCUUAAAAGCCCUAUGGCCGGAACUUUUUAUCGAAGUCCUGCACCAGGUGCCCCACCAUUUGUAAAAGUGGGAGAUAAAGUGCAAAAAGGACAAGUUGUAUGCAUUAUUGAAGCUAUGAAGUUAAUGAAUGAAAUUGAAGCUGAUCAAUCAGGGACAGUUGUCGAAAUUAUCGCAGAAGACGGGAAACCCGUUAGCUUAGAUUCUCCUCUGUUUGCCAUUCAGCCGUAGCGACUUAAGUGGCUGCGCAAUUGUCUGAAGGGUUUGGAAUUGCUGGUUAAACACUCUUAUUAGUCGAAGAGAAUAUUCUACUGCUAAUUAUUAAGAUCAGGUGCUAGACGAAGUCCAAAAACAUUGUUAUUUAUUUAUUUUCUCCCAUUUGUAUUUGCACAAUGUGCAAUUUUUAGUGUUCUUUGUCCCAUAAGUUACCUUAGUUUUUGAAACUGAACAUUUUAGUAGGACAAUUUACACUUAUCUUUCGUUGUGCAUUUCCAUUCGGAUCAUGAUUUUGACCCAUUUUUACUGUAUUUUGAUUGUCUUUGGUUUACAUUUGUACAUCAACGUCACCUUAUUACCAUUUACGAUUUCUUUUGAAAGUUGCGGUUUUGGUA